CUUUCAUCAUUAAUCCUUCCCAUUUGCCCAUCAUAUCCACACACACUCUAUAUAUACACGUCUAUAGAUUUCAUAGUUCAAUAUUCUAAAAAAUUACUACUGUCAAAAUCAAGCCAAAAAAUGCAAAAAUCUCCCCAUUUUCUCAUCCUUGCACUACUCUUACCAAUCCAUUAUUUGAUGGAUUCUAGCUCAGCCAAACACGAUAUCAACACCGAUCGUUCUUCACUUCUUGCCUUGAAAUCUCAAAUCACUUUAGAUCCUCUAAAUAUAUUGACCCAAAAUUGGAGCACUGAAGCCAGUGUUUGUAGUUGGAUCGGAGUUACUUGUGAUUCACAUUACAAUAGGGUGACUCAGUUGAAUAUAUCGGACAUGGGUCUUGUGGGAACCCUCCCACCAGAAAUUGGGAAUCUUUCUUCUCUCGUUUCUUUACACGUGAACGAGAACUCCUUUCAUGGCCCCAUUCCCCCAUCUAUCUUCAACAUGUCAUUUCUAGAAGUAUUGGAAGUAAGGAAUAAUAGUUUGUCUAGUAGUUUACCUCUUGAUAUGUGCAAACACAAUCUGCAUAGACUCAAGAGGCUUCGUUUCAAUCACAACGAGUUGUAUGGGGAAAUACCAUCGAGUUUGGGGCAGUGUUCACAGCUUGAGUAUCUUUCUUUGGGGAACAACACUUUCACUGGAUUUGUGCCGAGAGAAAUAGGGAACUUGAAGAAGCUUCAAACGUUGUACCUUGGUGAAAAUCAGUUGACUGGUACUAUUCCGAAAGAGAUUGGAAAUCUUCAUAAUUUGCAGGACAUGUGGUUGGGUUCCAACGAACUUAGCGGAUCAAUCCCAAGAGAAGUGGGGAACAUGACAGCUCUUAUGAAGUUAUACCUCGACUAUAAUAGAUUAAGUGGUACUAUUCCGAAAGAGAUUGGAAAUCUUCAUAAUUUGCAGGACAUGCGGUUGCAUUCCAACGAACUUAGCGGAUCAAUCCCAAGAGAAGUGGGGAACAUGACAGCUCUUUUGAACUUAUACCUCGACAAUAAUAGAUUAAGUGGUACUAUUCCGAAAGAGAUUGGAAAUCUUCAUAAUUUGCAGGACAUGUGGUUGGGUUCCAACGAACUUAGCGGAUCAAUCCCAAGAGAAGUGGGGAACAUGACAGCUCUUAUGAAGUUAUACCUCGACUAUAAUAGAUUAAGUGGUACUAUUCCGAAAGAGAUUGGAAAUCUUCAUAAUUUGCAGGACAUGCGGUUGCAUUCCAACGAACUUAGCGGAUCAAUCCCAAGAGAAGUGGGGAACAUGACAGCUCUUUUGAACUUAUACCUCGACAAUAAUAGAUUAAGUGGUCAAAUACCAUCUACCAUUGGGAAUCUAUCAUUGAUUCUUCUAGAACUCUCUUCCAACAAAUUAAUCGGUCAGCUUCCAUCCUCCAUCUGUAACUUGACAUCCCUUGAGUAUCUUCUUCUCUCAAAUAACACUUUGGAAGGAACAAUUCCACAAUGCUUUGGAAACUUGAGCUCUCUGGUCAUCUUUCAUUUAAAUAAAAAUCAGUUUCGAGGUCUCAUUCCAGCAACAUUUAGCAAGGGGUGUAGUCUUGAAUCCAUCAAUUUGAAUGGUAACAAAUUGCAAGGACCAUUACCUAAAUCCUUGAUCAAUUGCGGAAGUCUACGAGGCCUCGACGUUGGAAAUAAUAGAAUACAAGCCGAAUUUCCCUUUUGGAUGGAAGUCCUUCCAGACCUUCGAGUGCUUGUCUUGAGGUCUAACAAGUUUUAUGGUAACAUGCCACUUCCUUCACAAACCAAUAUUCCAUUUCAUAAUUUGCAAGUUUUAGAUAUAUCUCAUAAUAGAUUUGUGGGUUCUCUGCCUCAAAGAUAUUUCAAGAAUUUCAGAGCAAUGAUAGAGGUAAAUGAAACAAACUUGUCAAAUGGCAGCGCCCUUCUGUUUUAUGUGGAGAUGAGGCUCACCUUGAAAGGGCUGGAUCAAUUAUUAGUGAGAUUGUUGUCAGACUUUACAACAAUUGACUUAUCCUCCAAUAGGUUUUCUGGGAGCAUUCCAGAUUCCAUAGGAAAUCUUAAGAUUCUCAAAUACUUGAAUUUGUCCCACAAUAACCUCAUUGGAAAUAUACCUUCAUCUCUUGCAAAUAUGAGUGAACUUGAAUCUCUGGACUUGUCAGUGAACAAGUUGGAUGGAGAAAUUCCAAGUGAAUUGACAAGAUUGACAUUUCUUUCGACAUUAAACCUUUCAAUGAAUAAUCUUGUUGGAAAAAUACCACAAUCUACUCAAUUUUCCACAUUUGAGAAUAACUCGUAUGAGGGAAAUGUAGGAUUGUGUGGAUUUCCUUUGACAAGAAAAUGCAAUGUGGAGAAUGGGCAGCGGCUGCAGCCAGAAGAAGAAGAAGAGUAUGGAUUUAUAGAUGGAUUUGGAUGGAGAAGUGUAGUGAUGGGAUAUGGAAGUGGAUUCAUAGUUGGGAUUGGAAUUGGUUACAUCAUUAUUAGAAAUGGAAGGCCAAGAUGGUUAGUGGAAUUCUUUUUCGGCAUUGGAUAUAAUAAUAAUAAUAAGAAGAAGAGACGCAGCAGAGCUACACCUACACCAACACGCAGGAGAACUUAAUUGAAGGAUUGUGCUCGAAUUGUGUUUUCCUUUUCUUAUCUCCUUUUUAAUGGCUACUUUAGUGUGUUUGUGCUCGAUUUCAACUUUAGAGUUUAUGAAAUAUUGUUGUUUGUUCGUAUUGUUA